AUGGGUACUUAUGGAUAUUGUGCACCAGAGUAUCAAAGAACUGGCCAGUUGACUAUAAAAUCUGACGUUUAUAGUCUUGAGGUCGUUUUGUUGGAGUUGAUCUCUAGAAGAAGAGUUAUUGACACCACCUUACCUUCUAAUGAACAAAACCUAGUCACUUGGGCACAACCAGUGUUUAACUAUACAAGUAGGUAUGUGGAACUUGCAGAUCCACUUUUGAACGCUGAGUUUCCCGUGAGAGGGUUGAAUCAAGCAGUGGCAGCUGCAACGAUGUGUCUUCAGGAGGAAGCUGAAGUUUGA